CGGAACAAUCACGCGCACGUUCAAAAGCUGUCAACAAAAAAGUUUGAAAUCAUUUUUGUUGCCGUAGAAACCGUGCCAAGUUUGCUUUAUUUUCAAAGUAAAUCAAAAACAUUUUUUAGUUCUCCGAAAUGGCUACACCGAACAAUUUGGCAUUUAUUGGCGAAUGGUUUAAGAAUGAUACAGAAACAGUUCAACAAUUAAUUGUUAGUUUUUAUCCAUCGGAAAAAGCUAUUGAACUCUUUGAACGUAAAACUAAAAAAGUGAUACUUCAUAAAACGAAAAUUGAAGACCUUUCACAAAGCGAUUUCUUUGUUGGAGCAAAACUACUUAUUUUUGGAAAACAAAUUAAUAUCAUCGGGUACGGAGACAGCUACACUAAACUGAAAUACGGAAAUGAGCAACGCAUUUUUAUCAUGGUCUUCUCGGAAGCACUGCAGCACAUUGGAGAAAUUCUCCACGCUAUCACUAAAAAUGACUUGCACAUUCGACAGUUGAAUAUGUUGAAAAUUGAUGAUAACUACUCAUGGAUUCUGAAAAACUUUUGUACUGAACAAUCUGAGCUAUCUUACUUUGUAGAUAAUAUUCCUUCGAACUCAUUUGUGGCCAUGGAGCUGACAGGAGACAAUUCUUACAUUCGCUUCAAGGUACUAUGUGGACACGCAAAUAGUUCCGAUGGAGCAAACAUUUCCGCUUCGACUACUUUGAGAGCAUUGUAUGGAACAGGAAUUUAUUUCUCUAAUAGUGCAAUUUCUUCGAAUAUGGAGUCAAAAUUAAUUUUCAGCAACAACGACGUUCGACUAUGCCUCAAAUCAUCAGUGCUGUUAAAGAACAGCACUCUAUGUAUCAUUAAACCGCAUGCAGUUCGUCAAGGAUUAACCGGCGAGAUUAUAACGCAAAUUCUGGAAAAAGGAUUCAUAGUUUCAGCGAUGAAAAUGAUGCGAUUUGAACGCGCCAACUGUGAGGAAUUUAUGGGCGUUUACAAAGGAGUCAUUCCAGAGUUUGAGUCCAUGGUCAUGCAAAUGAUAAGCGGAGAUCUAAUAGCAUUGGAGAUAACAAACAAGUUCGAGAACGGUUAUAGCACUCAGCAGAGCUUUCGAGAUUUUUGCGGUCCUUCAUGUCCGGAUAUUGCUCGCAUAACGCGACCACACACACUGCGAGCUCAAUUCGGACAAAACAAAAUUUUAAAUGCAAUAUACUGUACAGACUUGGAGGAAGACACAAUGUUGGAAUUGGAUUAUAUUUUUAAAUUUCUGCCAUAGUCGUGUACUUUGGCAAUUCUUCAAUGUCCAAUGUGUAACCAAGACUCAUAACAAAUAAAAAAAAACAGAUCUUAACAAUA